GGCUCCCUCCCCGUGCCCGUCCCGCGGAUCCUCGCCGUGCCCGGUGCCAGAGCAGCGGCGGCGGCCAUGGGCAAGGACUAUUACCGCACGCUGGGGCUGGCCCGGGGCGCCUCGGCCGCCGACAUCCGCCGCGCGUACCGGCGGCAGGCGCUGCGCUGCCACCCGGACAAGGACCGCUCCCCGGGCGCCGAGCAGCGCUUCAAGGAGGUGGCCGAGGCCUACGACGUGCUCAGCGACCCCAAAAAACGGGAGAUCUUCGACAAGGCUGAAAGGGGAGCCCCCACCCCCGGGCCGGGGGGCUCCAACGGGCCCACCUUCACCUACACGUUCCGCGGCGACCCGCACGCCAUGUUCGCCGAGUUCUUCGACGGGCGCAACCCCUUCGACACCUUCUUCGUGCAGCGCAACGGCGACGAUGAGGACGGCGACGAGGCCUUCAACACCUUCCACGUGGGCGGCCUCGGCAGCGUCAGCUUCCCGCGGGGCCGGGGCGGCGAGGGCCGCAAGCAGGACCCCCCCGUGCUGCACGAGCUGCGCGUGUCGCUGGAGGAGAUCUACAGCGGCUGCACCAAGAAGAUGAAGAUCUCCCACAAGCGCCUGGGCCCCGACGGGAAGACGGUGAGGAACGAGGACAAGAUCCUGACCAUCGAGGUGAAGAAGGGCUGGAAGGAGGGCACCAAGAUCACCUUCCCCAAGGAGGGCGACCAGACGCCCAACAACAUCCCGGCCGACGUGGUGUUCGUGCUCAAGGACAAGCCGCACGACGUGUUCCGCCGCGACGGCUCCGACAUCGUCUACCCGGCCAGGAUCAGCCUGCGCGAGGCUCUGUGUGGCUGCACGGUGACCGUGCCCACCCUGGACGGCCGCUCCAUGCCCAUGGUGUUCCAGGACGCUCUGUGUGGCUGCACGGUGACCGUGCCCACCCUGGACGGCCGCUCCAUGCCCAUGGUGUUCCAGGACCUCUGUGUGGCUGCACGGUGA